UCAGAUUGCUCGAGAAAACAUUCCAGUGGCCCUAUAAAGUGGGAUUAAUUACCAUCUCCGCUUUCAUUGUUGUAUAGACCCCAAACUACUACAUCAACGACGAGUGGACAGAGCAACAUAUAAAUCAAAGGUAUUUUGUUAGCCAUAUUGACGAAAUAACCGUAGCAUAGCACAAAAGGAUUUAGAGGAAUUUCUCUUGGGAAAAGCAUCAGAACGAAAGUCGAUAUCAUCUUGGCCGCCGGGUUGUUUGCCCUUUUGAUGGUAGGAGGUGGAGAUAAGUGUUUACCUGUUUACAGCGCAAAUUACCACCUCCAAAGAGGCAAAAUCGUCUGAACUUUGCAUUGAGUUUGUUCAACAUUCUGACUUGUAAUGGGACUGUUCAGGAAUACUGAGCCUACAUGUUAGAGACCAGAAUGAAGGCCCAUCUCGCGGCAUCGCCUACCGCCCUUGCAGCCUCUCACUUGGGGAGGAUGGAUGCGGAGGCAGCCUCUCCGUCUCUCUCCUCCACGGUGGCAGGGCCCUCCACACUGUGGCGUCUCGCUGUGCGGAGGAGUAGGAAGGCUGGCUCAGGGAACAUCUUUGGCGGAGUGAACCUGCGUCAGCUGCAGAGGCUGUUCACGGCAGCUGGGGACCAGAAUGCAGAGCAGAGGGCUGAGCUGGUGUGGGGCCACGGGGACGAGGCUGAGCUGGCCCAGGCCCUGAUGGGACUGAGGGCGAGGGGCCGACGGAGAGGACUCAGGGUGGAGGGGCGAGGCACACUGGGGUCGCGCUGGCUCCAGGCGUUUAAUCAUCUGAGGAUUGGUAAGAGUUCAGAUAGUAGCCAGCAGAGCGAAGAGCAGUCAUCAGACAGCAAGACUGAGGCAAGGGCAAAACACAGCAGCCCAGAUACACAGCCACUGACUCAUAAGGGCCCCAGAGGCGCUACAGGAGUCAGAGAGGACCUAACUGAGGGCCAAGGGCCUGCAGGGGCCUCUGAGAGACCAGCCAGACCAGGAGCUCUACUGAAGAAAGGAGUGGAAAGCGACCCGGAGAGGUACCUCCACCGCAUCCUCCACUGAUGGACACAAAGGACUAGGAUGACUUUGUUGCCCCUAGAUCCCUUCCCCCACUAAUCAUUCAUGUGUGUAUUAGGUGAUGGUAAACUGAUCCUAGAUCUGUGGUUGGGGAAAACUACUACGUGGAGUAAUGACCAACCCUAGUUCAGAGAGUGACAGUCAAAGAUACUAUAUAUUUUUACCUCUGUCCAACCAAGAUCAGAUGAAUGAAGAACAAACUGGAUGUACAAGAUGGGGGAACACUUUGAUAUGAUAUUCUAACAUUUCAUUCUCUCUCAGGAACUGGCUAAUCUGUUCUUCUGCUUGUCUCGUGUCUCUUAAGAGCAUCACGUAUUAGACCUUGGAUUCAUACAAAGGAUUAAGGAAAGAGGUUUAGACUGUGGGAUAUAGCCGAGAACUUCGGGAGAGCUCAAUUCCACCUGGACUUGUUUUUGAAUGAAGUAUUUUGGUAAUUUGAUUCUCCAAAUUAGACUAAUGUGCCAAGAUGCAUCCUAAAAAGAAAGGAAAAUAAGUUGAUGUCAACUGGAAAGGAGAUAUUUUGAAGAAGUCAACAUUUCGACCAGGGUUGUGGAACUCAUUCCAUACAGGGACAAGUGUCUGCUGGUAUCGUUAUUUCCUUUUCAAUGUGUAAAAACAGAAACCGCAGGGGUUCAAAUUUUAGAACCCAGUUCCUACAUUUGAAUAUAGAAAUGUAUUUUAUCAAACAAAACUAUGCUACAUUUUAUCUCUUGGACGCUCAGGUUGACAAACCAGAGCAAGAUUACUGAAUGUAAAUACAUUCACCUCUGAAGGUAAAUAAUGUAUCACACCAAGUGCUGUGCUGAAAGUUGGCUGUUUCUUACGUCAUUCUAGUCAGAUUAGCGCACGUUCGCAACAACCGUCCCGGUAUAAGGACACCGAUCUCAGAGGUUAAAGGGCCAGAUGCACAAUUAAAGGGCAAUUACACUCAAAUCAAUUUGUUAGUUUCCUUCCAGAUCAAAAAGUAAUGCUAUUCUGAUGUGAUUUAAGCAUUGACAUGGAUUCAGAACAUCCAAUUUUGAUGUUUCUCUAAAACAAUUUAAUUGUGAGAAAUUAAAAACAGGAAAAAUAAAACAUAAUUUGGGAGGGGGGGAUUUGUUUUUGGACCCCCACCCCUUAGUUGUUUUGUUAACCAUUCUUUUACCAGCUAUAUUGACAGAACACUGCACUACUUUCUCUUGUACACUAAGGACCAGAGGAAGAGUUUCAGGGGAGAUGAGAAGUUUCCUAUUCGAAAGCUUGAUUAAAAAUGAGUAGCUGGUAACUUUUUUAUUUUUAUUUAUUUUUUUAUAAAUGGUUCUCAUGCUAGACGAGGUUGGCAAAAACUAGGGUAAAACGCUGGGCCCUAGAUGUAGCCUACAACUAGGACACAUUUUCUUGGUCAGGUGACAGGAAACUCAUGGCCCAACUCAUACCUUGUCAAUGUACAAGGAGAGACCAACAAAAAAAAGUAGCACUUCAAUAUGUUAAUGUUGCCUUUAAUUUGACACUACAGUAUAUGGUCUUCUAUACAUACAGUAACGGAACUUGACAUUCAUUGAUUUAAAUUAUUUUUACAUCUAUAUUUCUACAGGUGAAGUUUACAUACACCUUAGCCAAAUCCAUUUUUAACUCAGUUUUUAAAAAUUCCUGACAUUUAAUCCUAGUAAACAUUCCCUGUCUUAGAUCAGUUAGGAUCACCACUUUAUUUUAAGAAUGUGAACGGUCAGAAAAAUAGUACAGAUUUUUCAUUUAUUUCUUUCACAUUCCCAGUGGCUCGGAAGUUUACAUAUACUCAAUUAGUAUUUGGUAGCAUUGCCUUUAAAUUGUUUCACUUGGGUCAAACGUUUCGGGUAGCCUUGCACAAGCUUCCCACGAUAAGUU